UAAUUGUUUAAAUGUCAUAAUAUCAAAAUCAUAUCAUUUCAUAAAUCACUGCAUUCAUGGUGCAAUAUUCUCCCACUGACUGUUUCAAAGUUGUCGUUUUAGGAUCCAUUUUACAGGAAGCUGAAUUCGAAUCAAUAAGAGCCGAGUUAAUAAAAAAGGGUAUUAAUAUUAAAUCUACAAUCAAGAAUCCCCCAGAUUUUUCUAAUAAACUGCUUAGAGAUAUUAUGACAAGUAGCAAUAUAGAGACUAUAGUAUUUACAAGUGAAAAAUUUGAGAUAUUAGUGGACGCGAGAGGAUACAGACCAUCAGAACUGAAGUGCAUCGUAUAUCCGCACUAUGUGGAAAUAGUAGCUAAUCAUUUAGAUGCAGUCGGAACUACAAGAACGAAGACAUCAUUGUCGAGGAAUUAUCAAUUGCCACAAGGCGCUAAUCCACAGCAGGCCCAUUGUUUUUUAUCAAGCGAAGGCUUUCUUCUCGUCACUGCACCAUGGUUACAAUAGCACAUGACCAAAAUGUUGGUUACAUCUUUAAAUUUCAUUGAUAAGUUGGUUUAAUAAAUUGGUUGAAUGAC